CGAGGCGGACGACCAAGACGAUCAAGACGACGACGAGGGGAACGGCUUCAGCGACGACAACCACCCCAUCCCCCGCCCAACGCCCGUCUACAACGGAGUACUUAUCAGACGUUGCUUGUGAGGCCUGGUUGAUCUUCCUGUCUAGUCAUCGCGAUGGAGGAUGAAGAUGAAGAUGUCGCGAUAGACCUAGGCUCGAGCCUUAAAAGAGGUAGAUCGUCCUCCUCUUCGUCUUCCUCCAUCUCUUCUUCAUCUCCUCAACCAUCUCUUCCGUCUCUUCAACCAUCUACUCCACCACAUCGUCCACCAUCUCUCGUCAACCAUCUCUCUUCCACCAUCUCUUCAACCAUCUCCUCGUCCAUCACCGCUUCCAUCUCUUCAACCAUCUACUCCACCAUCUACUCACCACCUUGUCCACCAUCUCCUCCACUGCCAUCUCUUCCUCUGCCAUCUCAUCCACCAUCUACUCUUCCAUCUACUCUUCCACCUACUCUUCCACCUACUCUUCCAUCAUCUCUUCUUUUAUCUCUUCCACCACCUCUUCUUUUAUCUCUUCCACCACCUCUUCCAUCAUCUCUUCUUUUAUCUCUUCUUUUAUCUCUUCUUUUAUCUCUUCCAUCAUCUCUUCCAUCAUCUCUUCCAUCGUCUCUUCCAUCAUCUCUUCCACCAUCUCUUCCAUCAUCUCUUCUAUUAUCUCUUCCACCACCUCUUCCAUCAUCUCUUCCAUCAUCUUCGCUGCUGACGCUGCCAUGGCCAGCAGCAGCAGCAGCAGGGAAAGGAUGCCCCGCUUCAACACAGCCGCCCACAAAGCAGCCGCUGCACGAUACGCCGCAGUCGUCGAGGCCAGGAUCCUGCCCGGGAAGAAACGUCGCGGGCCCGUCGCCAGUGACAACUUGGGCAACACUCGAAAGCUGAUCACACCGCCCGCUGUCCCGAGUCGGAGGGUUUGUUCUCUCACCCGCGAGUUCAAGCGCAAGGUCAUCGACUAUAUCGCAGACCGCAACACCUGGGUCAUGGACCAUAGGUAGCACUGCAGGAUGCGUGAUACGGACAUAGACACAGACAUAGGCAUGUAUCACACGCACGCACCCGCGCCGUCUCCCUUACCUUCCCUUCCCAUGCAACCCACCCUCUCCUUGGUUAGUUGACAAGCUCUAACGCCGCCGUGCAGAUGGCUAUACCCGUGGCCUGGCGUGCCCGCCCACGCUGGCCUUGGAAAAGCCCCUAGCCUGGGACCU